CCGGUUGGCGCUCGGCAUGUUUUUGUGUGUGCUUCCGGCUCCACUUUCGUUGCUGGCCGGGUGCUUUUGGCGCGGUUCGGGGACCGGUGCAGGUCAGUCGGUCCGUGGUCACUGGUCGGGUCACAGGGUGUGUGCGCAGAAGAUGCACCAGGUCAACUUGCUGGUGGUGGUGAGCUGGCUCUGUACGCUGCUCGGCACCUCCUGUACCACGCGGACGCUGCCCGUGCCACUGGAGGCCAGGGGCGUGUUUCAGGAGAGGUUCACCGGCGCCCUCACCCGGUUCAUCAACCUCUUCACUGAUGGCAACACGUCUUCGCCAUGCAAGUGCGGGUUUUCAAAGACGGAGCCUGAGGAGAAUCCUGACGACGAAGAACUUCUGACGGAGCCCGGGUCGGCGCUGGGCGCGCUGGAACUGGAUUACGACCUGGGAACGUUUGGCCUGUACGACGACAGCGGAGAGGGCAGGGUGGUCGGAGGAUCGCUCUCCAAGCGAUAUGAGUUCCCGUGGCACGUGGGUCUGGUUUCCCCGCUGGGUGUGAUGCCGUUCUGUGGCGGCAGUCUGAUCUCGGACCGCUGGGUGCUAACCGCCGCACACUGCGUGGAGCGACGCGCCGCCUCGCGCACCGUGGUGCUGCUGCGAUCCUUCUCUCCGCUGAACCCACGGGCGCUCCGGCUACCUGCCACCAACAUCGUGAUACACCCCGAGUUUGACGGGUCGACUUACGGCCACGACCUGGCACUGGUGGAGCUCUACCUGCCGCUGCCCCUGGAGAGGCUCGGGGGAGCGGUGGCACCCAUCUGCCUGCCGGAACUGGACGCAGAGUCGGACGAGGGGGUGGCUACAGGAUGGGGAGCCGUCUUCUUCGGCUCGCCGCCGGCCUCGCGUCUGAGGAAGGUGACGCUUCCGAUCAUCUCUCGCAGCGAGUGUAACGACACCCUGCCCGGACAGGUGGACGGAUCCAUGAUCUGUGCGGGAGGAGACCGCUUCUCGGGCACCUGCUAUCGGGACGACGGUGGCUCUCUGAUGACCCUGAACGCGGACGGGCGAUACCAGAUCGCUGGUGUUAGCAGCUGGGCGAGGGCCUGCACGACACUGGGCCACCCGAGUGUGUUCGCGGCUAUAACACACGAUGUUGUGCGGUGGAUCCAAACUACCACCGCGGGUUCCCGUUUCUGCGGCGCUUAAAAACGACGGCACAUGAUGAUCUUUGGCUACGCCUUAUGAAAUGAAAAAGGAAUAUCGCGUCAUUUGAAUGGAUAUGAAGUGACUCUGUUUUACAUUGUUGAUGUUGUUAUGUUGUUGAUUUCUCAGGGCUGAAGGAAUUGAGGUCCAAUGUUAUGCUGUUUUGUGACGGUUGGAGCUUGCUUUGUGUUGUUUGAUGUUACGUUUGCUGGAAUACAGGCAUUUGUG